CCUUCUGUUCACUGGCUUCCAGUGCAACUCAUUUUGUCGUAGCUUUAGCUGCUCCCCCACGCGACUGAUAGUCGAUCCCUCCCCCAAGCGUCGACUCCAGAGCGACAAAACCCAAACCAAAGCGACUUUCCAUACGCGACAACACUCCCUUGCGACAAUUCCCAUCUUGCCUAAAGCGACAACCCCCCAAUUGCAACCAUGGCCGAAGACAAGAAGUAUUCUGGAGAGUACGUCCGCGAGGCGUAUCCUGGUGACGAUAUCCAACAUGGCCAAAUGAGCGACAACUCCGACGACCUGCAGCGUCACCUGGGUAACCGUCAAAUUCAGCUCAUCGCUAUUGGUGGUUCCAUUGGUACUGCUCUGUUUGUGUCAAUCGGUGGUGCUCUCAACAAGGGCGGUCCCCUCGGUCUACUCCUCGCAUACACUGGAUACUCUUGCAUCAUCGCUCUCGUGAACAACGCCAUGGCUGAGAUGGCCAGUUUCAUGCCUGUAUCCGGAGGCUUCAUCCGAAUGGCUGGAAAAUGGGUCGAUGAGUCCCUAGGCUUCAUGGCUGGCUGGAAUUUCUUCUUCUACGAGGCUCUGCUGAUCCCGUUCGAGAUCACGGCCCUUAACAUCGUGCUGCGGUUCUGGAGAGAUGACAUUCCAGUCGCUGCUGUCUGUGCGGCCGUCAUUGUCCUAUACGCUGCUUGCAACGUCUUGGCUGUAAAGGCGUACGGUGAAGCUGAAUUCUGGCUCUCCGGAGGCAAGGUCCUGCUGAUCCUGAUCCUCUACUGCUUCACCUUCAUCACCAUGGUCGGAGGUAACCCCCAGAAGGAUGCUUACGGUUUCCGACACUGGCGCGACCCGGGCCCAAUGCCCGGCGGCAGCGACCUUGCUCGUUUCGAAGGCUUCCUUGGCUCCCUUUGGGCUGCGUCCUUCUGCAUUGUUGGUCCUGAGUACAUCUCCAUGGUCUCCGGUGAAGCCAAGCGCCCACGUGCCUACAUCAAGACUGCGUUCAAGACAGUCUACUUCCGAUUCGGUGCCUUCUUCAUCCUCGGUGCUCUUUGCGUUGGCGUUGUUCUAGCCUACAACGACCCAGAGCUUGUCAGCGUCUUGGAGGCGGGUGAGAGCAGUGCUGCUGCGUCUCCCUACGUCAUUGCCAUGAAGAACCUCAACAUUGGUGGACUUCCCCAUCUCGUCAACGCCCUCUUGAUCACGAGUAUCUUCUCUGCCGGUAACACAUACACAUACUGUGCGACUCGCAGUUUGUACUCGCUCGCAAUCGAGGGCCGCGCCCCUAAGUUCCUGCGAAAGUGCACCAAGAACGGUGUUCCCAUCUACUGCUUCGUGGUAGUCAUGGUUUUCCCGUUCCUAUCCUUCCUCCAGCUGUCUUCCGACUCCGCCAAGGUCCUGACCUGGCUCAUCAACAUCAUCACCGCCGGAGGUAUCAUCAACUACAUCGUCAUGUGCGGCACCUACCUCGCAUUUUACAAGGCUUGCAAGGUCCAGGGUCUCGACCGCAAGACCCUUCCUUACUGCGGUUACUUCCAGCCCUAUGGUACCUGGUUCGCGCUUUGCUUCGAGAUUUGCGUUGUAUUCGUGUACGGUUACAGCACCUUUGUGGGUGAAUUCUCUCUCGAGUCCUUCUUCACAUACUACACCAUGGUCGGCGUUGCUCCGAUCCUGUUCGUGUUCUGGAAACUCGUCAAGAGGACGAAGUGGCUGAAGCCGCAUGAGGUUGACCUUGUCUGGGACGCUCCUCUCAUCGACGCCUACGAGGCUUCCUUCAUCACACCGCCCAUCGGCUUCUGGACCGAGAUGCUUCAGCUUAUCGGACUGAAGCGCAACGUUCCCGUGGACAAGCGUGCUGUUUGAAAUGCUUUCAGCGAAUCAGCGAAACCUGUAUAGCAGAGAUGUUCUGCCAUGAUCUAACGUCGUUGGAUAGAUUUUCUAUCGCCAGAAGCCUAUGAGUACUGGCCGCGCUUUUACAUAAAUGCAAUACCCAUUCAUUCUGCGAAACUCAGGCAAUAGCGACUUGCGAAUGAUGUCCGACCUCCGCUAUACCCAUGCGACAAAUAGCGAGGCGGAGAAAGAUAUCCUAGCGACAGUAUACAAUGCGCUUCAACUGUGAUGUCUCGAUUGUGGCAUCCGCUACAAUAGCCUAAGCGACAUUGCUAGAACGGCGUUCCAAUGCGACAUUUCAAUGCGAUAUAGCCGUACGAGGCCUCCCAUGCGACAAUACUAUUAUUAUCGGCAACAC